CUAUAAUUGCAUCAUAAAUGUGUGACUUUCUCUCAGCGAGUGUUACGGCUUAGCCUUGAAUUGAAUGCAAUUUACACAUCAAUUCACUACACAUUUAAAUCAAUCGCGAGCCCACUGUCCGACACAACACGUGCUCACAACCCAUCGGAUCAGUCAAUGACCGCAACCAUGUCUUCGGGAUCACCACAACGGACGCCAAACGACUUCUACGCCGAGGAGACGCAGUCGGAGAAGCUCUCGCGGAAGGCAAAAGACAACCCAUUCUUCCCGAUCGCGAUGACUGGCUUCACCGGCGCUGUACUGUACGGCGCCUACCGUUUCAAAUACCGGGGCGAUAUGCCUGUAUCACUGUACCUGAUCCAGUUGCGAGUGGCCGCGCAGGGUAUGGCCGUCGGCACACUGACCCUGGGCAUGGUCUACAUGUUAGGCAAACGGUUAUACAAUAACUAUUAUAAUAUACCCAAUGAUCCCCCCUAUGGGCGUUGAUGUGUGUCUACUAUUAGUUAUGUUUUAAUUAUUAUAAUUAUUGUAUUUUGUUUUUUAUGGUUAAAUAUUAAUCCAAUUGAAUUGAUUCCGUA